AUGAAACACCUCGCCACAAUGGGGGUCUUCGUUGAGACUGCUAUGGAUGAGUAUGGCCGCAACGGGCUGACUACCACAUUGGCUAUCAAGCGGUACAAUGAUGCUUGGCCGUGCAUUACUGGAUGCACCCUUCCAGCGAUCAAUGCGCUGCCCGCCUGGCUCAAGAAAAACGAUUACCAAAGUCCCACCGACGGAAGAGACUGUCCAUUUACCCUGGGAUUUAAAACCAAAUAUCCCUUCUUCGAAUUCCUUAACGGCAAGAACCCCAACUAUCCCGACCUCGGCGCUCAAUUCAACAAUCUCAUGUCGGCCUACCACCAAGGCAGACCCAGCUGGAUGGAUGGGAAUUUCUACCCGGUAGAAACUCUCAUCGAGGGAGCGAAGACCGGUGAAGAAGACGUUUUCAUCGUGGAUGUUGGCGGAAACAAAGGGCACGAUCUGGAGGAGUUUAUAUCGAAGUGGCCAAACACACCUGGCAGAUUGAUCCUGCAAGACCAACCGCACGUUUUGAAAGAUAUCAAGUCGUUGAACCCAGCAAUUAAGCCUAUGGUCCACGACUUCUACCAGGAACAGCCCAUCAAGGGUGCGCGAGUAUAUUUCUUGCACUCGGUGCUGCACGACUGGAAUGACGAGACAUGCCAGAAAAUCCUGUCACAAUUGGUCGCUGCGAUGAUACCCGGAUACAGCAAGUUGCUGAUCAAUGAGAACGUCGUUCCCAAUACCGGGGCCCACUGGCAGGCUACUUCUCUGGACCUGAUAAUGAUGGUGGAUCUUGCUGCCAAGGAGCGGACGGAACAGCAGUGGCAUCAGGUUAUUGAGCCAGUUGGUCUCAAAAUUACUAAAAUUUGGACGCUACUGGAUAGUGCUGAGAGUUUGAUAGAAUGCGAGUUGGCAUAA